CAGAGUCCAGCCUGUUCACGUGCACAGAGAGGUUCGCUCUGCUUAAAUCAAGAGGAGCAGAUCAGAAAUAUUUACUCCUCAAGUAAAGGAAAGCAUCUGUGUGGAGAAAAGAAAAAGUGAUUUGAAGGGAUUUUUUUUUUUUUUUUUUUUUACAAAUCAAACUAUGGAAGCCAAGAACUUGAGGUAGAUAAAACCAGAUUUUCUUCUGAAGGACUACUGGACGGUUCAUGUUUGAGCCAUUGUUUUGUUUUUGCUUUAGUUUUUUGUGCGCUCUGAUCUCUUAAUGACAAGUGCAUCCCAGUGAUUUGGAUUUCCAAAGGAUCAAAGUUUGUGUUUUUGAGCGGUUGGUGUGAGGGAAGAGCUCAGAAAGAGGAAAUAUGUCAAGUGAACGGCUGAGUCACCUGCUGAGGGGAGUCCUGGUUCUCCUGCCAGCAGCUGUAAUUGUAGCUGGAACAAGGAAUAAACUUUGGGAGGUUCCCACUGGUCGCUUCACAUCCUCAUCCAAUCACACUUGGAGCCCACAAGGGGAACACUGUCAGUACCACCACCUGCAGGAGAAAGUAAAAAUCACAGCAGAUAUCCCCCCAAAACUGGACGGGACAUGGGUGUCAACAAGAUGUGAGGUCCGACCUGGUCCAGAGUUCCUCACUCGAUCCUACACCUUCCAUUCCAAUCGUCACUUCCAGGCAUUGCAGCACUACUACACUGAGAGCAGCUGUGAGGACCCAGCCUACUCCCUGAUAAUCAGAGGCAAGAUCCGUCUGCUCCAGGCCUCCUGGAUCACCCUUGGGGCCACCGAGGCAGACCACCACCUCAGCAGAGUGGGGAUUGUGCUACACAGCGUGGCAGCCAAGCAGAGGCUGGCGUCCAGGCUGCCCUCAGCCUGUGUGAGCCUGAGCAUCAAUGAAAUGGUGCUGGGAAAGCCAUAUGAGCUGUACAACACCCGCGCAGGGAGAGCUUGCCUGGCAGCAAUGGGCUUCUCUGUGGCGGAGAUGGGUCUGGUGCGCGUGGAGAAGCAGCACCACAGCCAUGGAGGAGAGGUUCAGGAGCUGUUUUUAGGGGAUAUUCACACAGACUGGGCUCAGAGAACACAGCACAGACCCACAGGGUACCAGCAGCCUCUACAGAACGCCAUGCAUCACAUCCACCCCUGCCCCGUGUGUGCCCUGGUGUACCGCUCCUCAGAGCAGCGCCCCCCUGUGUUACCCCGCACGCCUGCGGUUCCUCUGUCUCUGGCGGGCCACUGGGUCAGCCAGCGCUGCGAAACCCGUCCCAAUGUACUCUUCCUCACCCGAGACUUCACCUUUAAUCCAAAGCAGCACGCCUGGGAAGGCAUCUACCGUCACUACCUGGAUUCAACCUGUUCACAACCCACUUUCACCCUGAGAGCCAUGGGGCACUAUGCUCAGGGAAACCCCCACUCCAAACUCUCAAGAGCCUCUGAGUUUGUCUUCAAGGUAACACAGGUUAAAGUCACAGCCAUGGACGAGUCCACUGCUAAGCUGCUGAACAGCACGAGACCAGGGAAGUGUGGACGAGCCAGAGACUGGAGGGUCGGGGUGGAACAGGACUUGACUUUAACAAACGGAUGUCCUAUGCUGGGCAUCAAGCUGCCACAUAAAGAAUACGAGCUUUUCAAGAUGGAGCUUGACCAUAAAAAACACCCACUGCUUUUCACCGGAGAGAGACCGACAGAUGGGUCCAGUCCAGAUCGACCACUGAGGCGGCCCACCUCUUUCCAGCCUCCCAUGGUGCUUUGCAAUGGGGGAGAGACUCACCCCUACUUCUCAACUCUUAAAAGCAAGCAAGUACAGUUAGCAAAUGGGACAGUGAAUCUGGAAACACUAGCGUUACUGGUGUUUGGAUCCGCACUGUGCAGCUGGCUCAGUGUUUAUUAAAGAUGUUCUCUCAAAAAAACCUGGAUCCCAGCUAAAGCCAGUGAUGGAUGUCGUUUGGCAGCUGAAAUCCUCCCCGCCUUUAAAGACAAGAACUGAGAAAAAGAAUCAGGAGGGAAUCCUUUUUCACAUCUGGAACUCAGAUGCCACCUUUAAAAGACCCACCUGUUAAAGAAGACACUGAUCUGGGAAGAACUGAAUUUAGAUGCAUAAGUACGGUUGAAAAUAUUUAUCCCUAAUCGCCACAUUCCAGCAAAUGGUUGAAUGAGGCAAAGCUAAAAUAAAUUGGUAACUAUUUUAUUAAGUGCAAAAAGUUAGUACUUUGGAUUAACUCAUGUUAAUCUUAUUUUAAAACAGACAUUAAUUUACAUUGGCUUUACCAAGAAACACCAUAAGUAAUUCACUUUGAACGCAACAUGUUCCAGUAAUUUCUUAAAACAAGUUGCUAGAUGACAGAAAUCUUGUAAACAGCCGCCACUAUCACUGCUCCACAACUGCUGUGGUGUAAAAUAUUGUUUUAUCUUGAUGCUCUUAAUAACAUGUCUGAUAGUCUGUCUAUCUACCUGCAAAGUAAUCUAAUCAAAUGAGUAUUUAUUUUUACCACUUAUAUUAUAUAUUUACACACAAAGAGGAUUUUUUUGUUUUGUCUAAAAUGUUAUCUUUGUCUUUUAAUGUUUUCUAUGUCAAUUAAAGAGGACUUUUAGUAACACUUU